AUGGCCUCCGCAGGACUCUACAAGCUGGAUGAUGGGAAGCCUCACCUGAGCAACUGCUUUCCAGCCAAAAACCUGCUUCGGAUGCCAGAGAAAGGCCGAGGACACUGGCUAGUGGCUCGGAAAGGUAGCCUCAAGAAGAAGCCCAAGAAUGUGACUGGGACAACAGCUGAAGGUCAGAAAGGCCAGAAGGUUUCUUUUGAGGUUGGAGGGAAGAAAGGUUCUCGACAGGAAAACCGAGCAGACACUCCUGGACACGUGCUGGACCAGGCUUUUCUGCUGAAGCACCACUGUGUGAAGGAUCCAUCAGACCUCUGCAACGUUAACGUGAGUGGCCUGAAGUUCUCCAAGGCUAAGGAAAAGGAUUUCAAGCAUUUUAAUUCAGUGAUUUACAUCAAUGCCUCAGAAAACCUGCUUCCUCUAGAGGCAUUUCACACGUUUCCAGUCUUAAAGGAACUAGAGCUUGCAUUUAACGGCAUCAAAACAGUCUAUGUGAAAUACGGAGACUUUAAGUCCUUGGAAUUCCUGGACCUUUCCUUCAACAGCCUGACGGCGGAGGCCAUCUGUGACCUGGGGAUUCUGCCACAUCUCCGUGUCCUGCUCCUCACAGGCAAUGGCCUCACCUCUCUGCCACCCAGUUUGGCUGUCGCAGAACAGGAGGCGUCUGUCACAUCGCUGACCACCAAGAGGUACAUCCUGAGGUUCCCAGCGCUGGAGACACUGAUGCUGGAUGACAACAAACUCUCCAACCCCAACUGUUUUGUCAGCCUGGCCGGGCUCAGGAGACUGAAGAAGUUAAGCCUGGACCAAAACAGGAUUUUCCGGAUCCCGUACCUACAGCAGGUUCAGCUCCGAGAUGGGUCUGGAGACUGGGUUGGAGGCAGGGGGAGUCCCCGGAAACAGCCCCAAUCCAUGCUGCAGCCCAAGUCGUGGAUAUAUGAGGCCUCAGAUGACCAGCCAGAUUAUACUAUACUGCCCAUGAAAAAGGAUGUUGACCGGACAGAGGUCGUGUUCUCAUCUUAUCCUGGAUUUUCAACCUCAGAGACGACCAAGGUAUGUGCACUUCCGCCCAUAUUCGAGAUUCUUCCUGUGAAGUCAUUGAAGGCGAGGAACCAGACGCUGGCCCCGCCCUUCCCAGAGCUGAGGUACCUUAGCCUGGCCUACAAUAAGAUUGCAAAGGAAGAUGCCAUCCUGCCAGUAGCUCUCUUCCCAUCUCUCUGUGAGCUCAUCUUUCACAACAACCCUCUGGUGACCCAUACGCGAGGGGUCCCACCACUGCUAAAAAGCUUCCUCCAGGAGCGGCUGGGAAUCCACUUAAUUCGAAGGAAGAUAGUAAAGGCUAAGCAUCAUAUUUUGAUGCCUCGGAAGGACUCUCGGAAGGUGAAAAAUCAAGUUCCCAAGGUGCCAAAGCAGCCUAUGAUUCUCCCUCACCCAUCCAUGAUGAUCAAGUCUCCCUCAAAGGAGAUGCUGGAGUCAGAGGCAGAGCUGACUAAGGAGCCGCCUGCCACCAAAACCAUUUCUGUGGAGCGAGAGAUGCCCAUCGAGGGCCUGGGGGGCCUUCCCAUGCCCCACCGGACCUUCGUGCCACUGCCUCCCAUUUGCUCCAACUCCACUGUGCAUAGUGAGGAGACAUCCCACCGGAGCGAUGCUGCUGGCCGCCUCAGCUCAGGCCACCUGUCAGAUGAGGACACCAAGAGCACAGAAUCCAUCUUCUUGACCCAGGUCAGUGGGUUAUCUUCCUCCAUCUUCCAGAGGGAUGAUUCAGAGACAAAGGAGAAAGACCAAAGACCACAAUCCACAGCACCCAGAGAGGCCAAGAGUACUCAGAAGCCCCCAUCUGCCUCUUGCCCCAGGAAGUACCAUGGCUAUGAGGAGCUGCUGACAGCCAAGCCUGACGCCACCUUCAUUGAGCCAAAAGGAAUCCAGAAGAAUGCACAGGCCUUGCAGCACAUGUUGAAACACCCGCUCGUGUACCGCUCCAGCAAGCCCAGGCUGGAUACUCUGCAGAAACACUAUGUUCCCAAGGAGAAGCGGACCCAGAGGAUCCCUAUUCCGCCCCCACGGAGGACUCGAGCCCAGCUGCUGGAUGACAUCCUCCUUCGCAUGCGGGACACCCAGAACAUCACAGAGGCGCCACUAGGAGCCGUCCUGCGCCAGCGGACAGAGCGGCGGCUGGUGAACCAGAAGCAGUUCCUGGAGGCCAAAAAGCUGCUGAAGGAGUUCCGUGCGCGCUACCGGCGGCUGGUGCGCUGCUCGCUGCGGUCAGUGUUUGGGACCACAGCGCCACCCCAGGCCCGCCCAGCACUGAGCAGGAGCCAGCCUAAGUUGGGCCACUUCCUCGAAUUCAUGGAUGAAUUCUACCAGGAGCCCACAGCCAGUGACUUGAAAGGCUAG